AUGAUCAUUCUGUACUCAGAGGCCCCACGAGGAAAGAGGAAGAGAGCAGAGGAGGGAUGCAGCCAGAGUGUCGAAGAGGGAACAAGCAAGGUUCCCAACACUGAGGCCCCAGCAAGAAAGAAGAGGAAGGUCGCAGCGACCCGGCCCAAAAGAACAACUCGAGGAGAGAAGAACGCCACCGAGCCAGAAGCUCCUCGAGAAAAGAGGAAGAGAGUUGAGGAAGGAGACCGCAAGAGUUUCAGAGAGGGAACAAGCAAGUUUCCCCACACUGAAGCUCCAGCAGGGAAAGCCACCGAGCCAGACACCUUUAAAUCCCACUACGUGGUUGGAGACAAACUUGGUCAAGGAGGCUUUGGAUCUGUCUUCAAAGGAAGACGCGUUUCUGAUGGCCUACAGGUGGCCAUCAAGUUUGUCUCAAAACGGAAAACAGGCCGAUAUCUCUACAGCCCUGUUGAGUCCAAGGCCGUGCCUGCAGAAGUGGCUCUGAUGCAGAUAAUGAGCCAGCCACCCGUCUGCAAGAACAUAGUACAGCUGAUCGAGUGGUUCGAUGAGCCUCAGAGAUACAUCCUGAUCCUGGAGCGCCCUGACCCUUGCAUGGACUUGGAGAGUUUCCUGAAAAAACAGGGAAACUGCAUGGAUGAAGAUGUGGCCCGAGCCAUAAUGGUCCAAGCAGUGGAGGCAGCGAGCCAGUGCAGUAAGCGAGGUGUCCUGCAUCGGGACCUCAAAGGGGACAACUUUCUGAUCAACACAGACACCUUAGUGGUCAAACUUAUUGACUUUGGUUGUGGUGACCUGAUCAAGAAAACGCCGUAUGACAGAUAUGCAGGCACGUUUCGAUACUGCCCUCCUGAGUUUUUUGUGCAGGGGAGCUAUGACGCUGAUCCUGCAACAGUGUGGUCACUUGGUGUCCUGCUGUUCAGGAUGGUUUAUGGAAAUCUUCCCUUUGCUAGCAAAUUUGAGACCAUGGUGGGGAUUUUCGUCUUCAAGGACGGCCUGUCGAAGGAAUGCCGUAAUCUGAUUGCCUGGUGCCUGGAGUGGCUCCCCUCAAAGAGGCCUAGUUUGCAGCAGAUCAAGCAGCAUGAGUGGUUCGAGUGCACCAUUCAGGACUAG